AAACUGAUCUAUGUUAGUAAAGACACAUCAGUACAAUUUCGAUCAUCAUGAAGUUCUUUGCAGUGUUCGCUUUAUGUGUGGCUAGUGUGAGUGCGGUAAAUUUGGCUGCUAUCGCCAAACCAGGUUUCCCGGAAGGACGCAUUAUUAACGGACAUGAGGCCGAUAAAGGUGAAGCUCCUUUUAUUGUGUCUUUAAAGACCAAUAGUCAUUUCUGCGGUGGUUCUAUUAUUGCUGAGAACUGGGUUUUGACUGCCGGUCACUGCUUGAUCUUCAAUGAAUUCGAAAUUGUAGCUGGAUUACAUUCGCGUAACGAUGAGUCUGACGUUCAAAUUCGCAAGGUUACCGGUAAACAUCAACAAAUUGUCCAUGAAAAAUAUACCGGUGACGUUGGUCCCUACGAUAUUGGUCUCAUUUAUGUCGAUAAACCAUUCAAAUUGAAUGCCUUAACUCGUCACGGAACAGCUGCAGUCGCCAAAGUGAAUUUGCCAACCGGCAAAUAUGAGUCUACUGGCAAAGGCAAAUUGUACGGCUGGGGAGCAGAUAACUCCGGAUUCUUACCUAACAUUUUGAACACUUUGGAUGUAGACAUUAUUGGUUACGAAGAAUGCAAGAAGGCUCUGCCCAGCAAUGCUCCUUUAGAUCCUGUCAAUAUCUGUUCCUACACAGCUGACACCACUGAUGGCGCCUGUAAUGGUGAUUCUGGUGGUCCAAUGGUGCGUGUCACUCCUGACGGUACUGAAUUAGUUGGCGUUGUAUCUUGGGGUUACAAACCUUGUGCCAGUUCCACAAUGCCAUCUGUUUAUACUUGGACUUCGGCUUUCGACAAAUGGAUUGAAGAGAGCAUCAAGAACUAUGCUUAAUAUUUGUUAAUUACUACCGUUAUUGAAUGUAAAAAUAAAAAUAUGCAACGGGCAUAGCAGCCUGUGAACAUA